UAUCUCUUGCUUUGAGCGCCUAACCCGAAUCCCGGAUGCUAAUGGUGGGUUCGUCAGCCUUUGGUGUGGAACUUCCCUUCGCUGCCAUGCAGCGGGACUUGGGGAGCUAUCCGCUGGCCCCUGGCGUGCGAGUAAAACUAGUGAGUGCCGGCUUCCAGACAGCCGAGGAGAUUCUGGAACUGAAGCCUUCGGAGCUUAGUAGAGAAAUUGGGAUCUCUAAAGAGGAGGCUUUGGAAACCCUGCAAAUAAUACGGCGGGAAAACCCCAUAGAUAUGUCAAGAUAUGCUUCUGUAUCUGCAUCAGGCAAGAAAUGUACAGCAUUGGAACUUCUUGAACAAGAACAUACCCAGGGCUUUAUAAUUACCUUUUGUUCAGCGCUGGAUAAUAUUAUGGGGGGUGGAAUACCCCUAACCAAAACAACAGAGAUCUGUGGUGCACCAGGUGUUGGGAAAACACAGUUAUGCAUGCAAUUGGCAGUAGAUGUACAAAUACCAGAAUGUUUUGGAGGAGUAGCAGGUGAAGUGGUAUUUCUUGACACAGAAGGAAGUUUUAUGGUUGACAGAGUGGUAGAUCUUGCCAGAGCCUGUGUUCAGCAUCUUCAUCUUAUUGCAGGAUCACACGUAGAAGAAGAGCACCAAAAAGCACUGGAGAACUUCUCUCUAGAAAGCAUACUCUCCCAUAUCUAUUAUUUUCGUUGUCACAAUUAUACGGAGCUGCUGGCACAAGUUCAUCUCCUUCCAGACUUCCUUUUGGAACAUUCAAAGGUUCAACUGAUCAUAGUAGAUGGAAUUGCAUUUCCAUUUCGGCAUGAUUUUGAUGACCUCUCCCUUCGAACACGGUUACUGAAUGGACUAGCACAGCAGCUGAUCAGCAUGGCAAAUAAUCACAAAUUAGCUGUAAUUUGGACUAAUCAAAUGACAACAAAGAUCGAUAAAAAUCAGUCCUUACUAGUGCCUGCUUUGGGAGAAAGUUGGGGACAUGCAGCUACAAUUCGUUUAAUCCUUCGUUGGGACCAAAAGCAGAGGUUAGCAACAUUGCAUAAAUCGCCAAGCCAGAAGGAGGCCACAGUACUGUUUGACAUAACGGCCCAAGGUUUUCGAGAUGUAGUUGUUCCUUCAUCAUUAUCUCCAGUGGAACCUUCAGUGAACCCCCGAAAGCGGUCACGAGAAACAAAGGAAGAAAAAUAGUAUUUGAAAGAUUUUGCAUCUUGCAUUGCAGAAAAAAAGUUGUAAAGACCACUGUAUAUAAGGGCAGGGCACAGUUUACAUAGUAAAUAUUUUAAACAGUCAUAAAAUGACAUUAUCAAAUAUUUAUAAAUCAUUUAUUAAAAACAUUUGUAUAGAAUACACUCAAGCAAUAAAAAUAGUUGUAAACAUUAAAAUACACAAAAAUAUGUACAUAGUAAGUUAGUAUUAUUAACUUGGAGCUUUCAUUAUUGACACCUGUUGGUUAUUAAAGUCAUCUCAGUAAUACAUUUUACAUAAAUAUCUCUUCUCUACCUGAUUGCAUCAUAAACUUUCUAAUUAAGUAUGAUUUGAUAAUACUUCAACCUGAUUUUAUCCUUGACAGAACAGGAUCAUUACCAGGAGUCUUACCUUCUAAUACUCAAUGAGACACAUAAUAAAAUCUUUUUGACCCUCAA